UACAACACACCGUUUUUCUUAACCCACAAUUCGAGUAUACAAAGCAUAUCUAAUGUGCCAUGUAACUAGCAAAUUACAUGUUGCAUUGUUUGUUUAAGGAUGGACAAAUGUGUUACCGAAACGUUUGCUUCUUUGCUGGCUAGCUAGCUAACUAGCUAACGUUAUCACAUAUGUUACGGUUAGAUAAUAGUUUGCAUGACAGCAUAGUAGCUACAACUUACAAUUUGGGUAGCUAGCUAGCUACCGUAGCUACCUAACUUGCCUACCAGAGAUAGCUAGGUAACGUUAUUUUUGGUGAGAGGGGUAUUUUUGAUGGACUAACGUUAGCUAUUUCGGUUAGACAGAAGUUGUUAUAUCCCAGAAUGCCCUGCGGGGAAACGGGCUCUCGAACUGUAAACACAACAGUUGUUAGCUAGAGCUCACUAGCCGCUAUCUACGAGGCCUUGCUAUUCGUAGACCAUGUAGCUAAGUGGAUGCCGGUUAGAAGCCAAUUACUCGAGAUGGAUGCCUUUUUGGGAUCUCUGCAAGACCAUGACGUGAGCUCUGUCCUGACGUCCUGUGAGCCCGAGCUGCAGGAGCUGAUGAGACAGAUAGACAUCAUGGUGAACUGUAAGAAGACCGAGUGGGAGGCAGAGAUCCAUGCCAUGGAGCUGCGUCUGCACAACGGAGAAGAGGAGCUCCUCUCAGCCAGAAACCUCAUAGACCAAAGGAACUCAGAGAUGUACAAAGUGACAGUGGCUAUAGAUUCCCUGUUAAAGCUACAGAACACUGGCUGUCGGAUGUUGAAAGUGGUAGUGGAGAAAGCGAUGAUGAAGGUGGCGUUGCUCCGCAAGCAGCUAGAUGAGGUCCAGACAGGGAAGCAAGAGCUGGUCAUUAAAUAUGAGGAACAACUGCAGCAUGUUAAAGAUGAGUUGUCUAAGCUGAAGCGCAGCUACCAGAAGCUCCAGAGCAAACAGCUGAAGGAGUCUCGUGAAGGAGCAAAGAGCCGAGAGGAGGACAGGACAGAGGUGACCCGCCUCAAUGGAAAGAUAGAGGAGUUCCGUCAGCGGUCAGCAGAGUGGGAGCACCAGAGGAUCCAGUACCAGAAGCAGGUGUCUUCCCUGGAGGCCCAGAGGAAGGGUCUGGCAGAGCAGUUCACUAAUAUGAAGUCCCAGGGAGCAGCGUGGCUGCAGGACCCAGGAGGAGGGAGUGUAGGGCGGGCAGAUCUGCAGAGGCUGAGGGGUCAGCUGGAGAGGGCCCAGGAUACACUGCACUCCCAGGAGCUUGAACUGGAACGACUCAGACACCUCCAGGAGCAGCUGGGGGGAGAGCCCAGGAGGGAGCAGCAUGUGCUGGCAGAGGAGAAGGAAGGGCAGCAGCAGCUCUGUAAUGACCUGUCCAAGCUGACCAAGACCCUGCAGGCUAAAGAACACCUCAUACAGUCUCUAGAGGAGUGUCUAGGAGCCCAGGGGAGAGGUGCUACAGGACUACAGCUACUCAGACAGGACCUAGAGAACACUACCACCAAGCUCCACUCUGCCCAGGCCUGUGAGGUCCACCUGAAGACAGAACUGGCCAGACUCAGAGACAGACUGGAGGCUAUGAAUAGUCAGAGAGGAGAACUGGUCAAGAGAGAAACGGAGCUAAAGCAUAUCAAGGAAGAGAGGAGUCGCUCUCUGACUGAGGUGAAACGGCUGCGUGAGGAGCUGGCGAGGGCAGAGCAGACGCGCUGCUGGGAGGUGGAGGGGAUGAGGAAGGAGGUGUCCCAGCUCACCAACGAGCUGCACCAGCGUGACAUCACCAUCGCCACCCUCAGUGGCUCCGCCUCCAGCGUGGAGCGCCAGCUAAGUGGCGAGGUGGAGAGGGCGGAGCGCCGGGCAGCUGAGCUCAAGGGGACUCAGGUGCACCUGGAAACUCUGAAGAUUGAGAACCAACAUCUCAAUGAUCUGCUGGAGAGAGUGGAGUCGAGGUCUACUAAGAAAGGGGACCCCUGCCUGGCCUCUCUGAGAGAGAGCUACAUCUCGUCUCUGAGUAGCUUGGAGCAGGAGAACAGGCAGAUGAGACAGGAGCUGGUGGAGGUGAGGGCUCGCCAGGAGGCCUCUACACAGACCUGGCAGGACAAGCUAGACAGAGCCCUGCUACACAACCAGUCCAGGGUCGGCCCACGACAAGCACAGGACGGGACUGAAGAGGAGCUGCACCAGAGACACCGAGAGGAGAUGUUAGCCAUGGAGACCAGGAUGCAGGAGAACACCUCGCACUACGAAGAGGAGAUCCAGCACCUCCUCCGACAGCUAGAGGCCCUCUCCUCCUCUCACAGACACCACAGCCAGACCCUGGACCGCAGGCCCUCCUCCUCCUCCUCCUCUUCCUCCUCGGCCUGUAGAGAGAGCAGGCUAGCCCGGGGGACAGCCUCAGCCCUUGUCUGUGUUCCUAAUGGACCUGCCCCUCUACCUGUCUCUUUACCUGGUGGUGCUGAGGGCCAGUUCUCCAGUUCAGAGGAGGCUCUACACCUGCUGGCCAGCCAAGACGCACUACCCAUGGAGCGUUGUGUGGGUUCCCCUGCUGGCUCGGUGGCAUCCCGAUUCCUGGAGGAGGAGAACCUGCGAUCCCAGGAGCUGCUCCAGAGACUAGACGCUCACAUCCAGGGCAUGAGACAGGACAACGUCAGGACCGUUUCUAAAUACCUGGGCCAUCCAGAGACCUCCUAACCUUAACCCUCAUGACCUUCCAGACACCUCCUAACCUUA